AUGGAAAACCCAUUUUCAAAAGUGGAAUGUAUCACAUUUUCGUCGUGUAUUUUGGACAAUCGCAUAACUAAUUUCAACAAGUGGUUUCCCCGUGUUCAAACAUUAGAAUUCUAUGACAACAGGGGAGAAUGCAUUGAACAUAAUUUUCCAAAUUUAGAAAAACUUGUGAUUUCGAGCACUAAAUGUCAAAUAGCAAACAUUUCACGGGCAUUGACGUUGAAUCCACAACUAAAAUAUUUUCACAGCUACAACCAAUUGGACGCCAAUUUCUUACAAGAAUUCAGCGAAAACUUACAAAACAUUCAAGAUCUUUGUAUUGAUUUUUCAUCGAAACCCAUCGACACGUCAAUAAUUCACUUGAAGAACGUACAACGACUUAGUAUCACUUGUUUUCAACCGAUGCUGAAACUCCCAUUUGCAUUUGGUUCUGUGCAAAAGUGCCAUUUAAAAGUGAUUGAUUCACCCGACUGGAAUGAUGUCAUUCGAUUUAUUAACAGACAUCCAACAUUGACCGAAUUUUCUAUAACAUCUUCAGCUGAAGGAGCCGAUAAAACGGAACUAUUUCAGGCAUUAUCCAAAAUAGAGACCGUUGAGUUUCGUAUCCAUCAGUUUUCGAUUGAUGAUGUUAUAGCAUGCACCAAAGCCGAGAAAUGUUUGGACAAGGAAUGGAGUCUAUCAAUUGAAGGGGGCCAAUAUGUGAAAUUGACGCGAUAA